CUGCGCAUGCGCAGUGCGCGCCGCUACCGGGUACGGGAGGGACGAUGGCGGCGGCCGGCGGCGGCCCCGGGCCGGGACCGGGGCCUGGUGGAGGCCCCGGAGCGAGGAAGGGAAGCGCAGCCCGGGACGCAGAGGCUGAGGUUUGGUGCCGGCGGGUGAGGGAGUUGGUGAGCGCUUCCCCAGCCAACCGGCUCUGCUUCGAGUGCGGUCAGCGCGGCGUCACCUACGUGGACAUCACCGUGGGCAGCCUCGUCUGCACCGGCUGCUCCGGGGCGCUGCGGGGGCUGAACCCCCCCCACCGGGUCAAGUCCAUUUCCAUGACCACCUUCACCGAAGCCGAGGUGCUUUUCCUGCAGGCCCGUGGCAACGAGGUCUGCCGGCGGGUCUGGCUCGGCACCUUUGACCCCCGAACCUCGCUGCUCCCCGAUUCCCGCGACCCCCAAAAAGUGAAGGAGUUUCUGCAGGAGAAAUACGAGAAAAAGCGAUGGUACGUGGCGCUGGAGCAAGCAAAACCCCCCCAAACCGCUGCGACAGAGCCGGCACCCACCCAGCCGCUCCUGGGGGACGCGGGGACGCUGCUGCAGCCCCGCCCAGUCCCCCACCGCCCCCCACAACCGGCCCGGAAAGCCAGCACCGACCUCCUGGCUGAUAUCGGGGGGGAUCCCUUCGCCACCCCCCAACCGGCACCUGCCUUCGCCGCCUUCCCCGGCCCGGCCCAGCCCCACGCUGCCUUCCCCAAUUUCGAUGCCUUCGGAGCCGGCCAGGGAGCGUCUGCGUUUGGGGGGGCUGCGCCCCCCUUCCACACCCCACCUGCACCCACAGGGGGCAGCGCUGUGCAGGGUGGGGCCACCUCUGUCCCACCCCCAGGGGGCGGAGCCUCAGCCAGCCUCUUCGGGACCCUGCAGCCCCCCCCGGCGCUGCCCCCGCCGCCCUACGGGGGCUACACCAACCCCUUCACAGCCCCUGCCGCCCCCCGACCCUCCACCAACCCUUUCCAGAGCAAUGGCCCUGCUGCUGGUGCCGCUUUCACCACCCCCCCAGUUCCCGGGGGGUUCCCCAGCCCCUUCCAGGCUGAUGGUUCACCCUUUGGUGGGUUCAACGUUGCCAAAGCUUCCACCAACCCUUUUGUGACUGUCCCGGCCCCGACGGCCCCUUUCGGCAUCAAGCACCCGACCACAAACCCCUUCCUAUAGCUGCCGUCGCCUGGAGGGGGGGGAGCACUAGACCACCACCCCCCCCUCAGAUUUCAGAGGGGACCCCAACAUCUGGAUGCUUCCCCCCCCCCCCCCUUCCCUUGCCUUCCAGGACCAGGUUUUAUUUUUUUGAGAGAUAUAUUACAAUAUCUAAUAUAUAUUCUAUAGA